AAAGCAUUACCGUAUGCAUAGUCGCGAGAGGGCUGUGAUUGGCUGUAUAUACGUGUGUGACCUUGAGUUUAUUGAAAUGACGGUUAUUGUUUUUCUACUUGACAACAGCGCAGCUAUGAACCAGCGCACUUUUCAAGGUACUACGUUACUGGACAUAGCUAAAUCUGCUAUUGAGAUUUUCUUCAAAAUAAGAAUGAGCAAAUCAAGAGUAGAUCGGUAUUUUGUGCUUACUCUUAAUUCUGAUAUAAGUUACGUCAAACUUACGGGUUGGAAACAGAAUGUCGACCUUCAGUUACUUCAUUCUGCCUUAAAUAAUGUUAAACCGGAUGGUCAGAUUGAUCUGUCGACAGGUAUUCAACGGACAUUCCGAAUGUUGAAUAUCAAUCGAUUGCAACUGGGAUUGGAAAACUAUGGGAUGGGAAUUUAUCCGUCAUGUAUUGAGCCUUCUGUGAUAAUAUGUAUAACUGGUAGCAUCGGCUCAUACAGUUUCCAUGAUCAAAUGUUCAAUGAUGCAUCUAUGACUUCCAUAGAAUCCAAUGUUCUCGGGACUGUUCUGACAAAAGAUUCUUUUCGUUGGGAUUACCGUAUGUACUCCUUAGUACUGCGUUUCCCUGCUUUUGUCAAUAACAUACAUGGUGGUAACUCCAUAAGAUCAGAAAUAAACUCACCGCUUAAAAGGCUUGCGGAAAAAACUGGAGGAGAGAAUUUCGAUAUAUACGACGGUCGAGAACUCCAUCAAUGCCUCGAUUCCCUUGUCACAAAAUGCCAAUCUGGUGUGGUUUUAAAAUUACGAAGAUCUACUGAGUGCGUUGAUGACGAUAAUCAAGAGAAGUUUGUAAAGCAAUUAGUGUUAGUCAAGUUAAUGGGAAGAGCAUCUUCUUGGCCUAUCCCAGAACAAUUUUGGCCGAAUGAUGAAAUGCUAGCAUCACAACUGCCACCUAGAAGUGCACAUCCUGAAGUCCUAGUAUCUAAAGUUCCUGUGGCUGAACCUGACUUACCUGAAUAUUUCCCUGUCGACCGUUACGAGUUGACACCAUCAAAUCUUACUAAAGAGUUUCUAAAUUCGUCGGAGCAGAAUAUGGUAUGGCGAUGUUUCAGCUAUGGUAUCAGGAAAAGCCAGAAAGCACCGUUCGGUUAUUUAAAAGCAUCAAAUGAUCUCCAGACAGUGCACUUACAUAUACUUCCUUACAAUUAUCCUGUAUUUUUCCAGCUACUUGGUGAUAUAUGUGAUCAUAAGCGUAUGACGGAAGCCUGGGGUCAUCAGUUUGUGAAUUACCUGGGAACUAUACCGAAAUAUUAUUUCAUGCCUCUAGCGAAGGCGUUUGAACGAAUAGGAUUUGCUGGGAUGAUUAAGCCUGAAGCCAUUGAUCGUGCACUUCCUUAUCAGUUGAAACAUUCUUUGCAAAAGCUUCGACAUUCAGCUAAAAUUGAAUACGAUAACUUCGUGCGUAUGACACAAGGCGACAACCCAGUAAACGUAACUGUUAAUUUGCCUUCAGCUCUAUUGCCUUUGCCUUUGUGGCCGUUACGAGAAUUUAAGUCGAUGUACAUUAAAUCUAAGCGUCCUCAUUUAAAUUCUCUCCUUCGACCUAGCAAUAUACCUCGAUGCAGGUUGCGCGUGGUCUUGGGAAAAAUGAGGCAUGAUCUUGAUAACCUCCUAAACGGUACAUCUAACAUACGAACAGUCGAUUCGAUUCAUCAACAACCAGUUGCCUUAAUGGGUGAUUACGUCAACUACAGAAAUUCUCGGGAGGUCGAAACACCCUUGAGGGAGAUAAAUCCAACUCCAGAACGAUCGGAUACAUUUGGAAACCCUUUCCGUCGGAAGUCCACGUCCUUUGUUGCAGAUGAAGGUUUUGUUGAUGAGAUGGAUUCACUACAGGUUAAUUGUAAUCCAAAUGCAGUUCUGCUUAAUUGUGGGCGGAAAAAAUCUACACAGGUCACCAAAAAUCCCCAAGCAAGAGUCAAAGGCCCUCUACCUUCGUACAUCAAUCACCUGAAUUGGCGAUUUUUCUCGCCAAAAUCUUCUCCGGUGUCAUCGCCUAGAUCUGAUAAUAUUUCUGAUGAUGAAACACUGAACGGGAUUUCGUUUCCCACAUAUGUUGACAAUUCUCCAUCACUUAAACAUUCAAGGCUUACUAAACAAACAACUACUAAAAAAAUAAAUGUUAUUGAUACUAAGAAAACGUCCUCAUUGGAAAGCUUUAAACUAAACAAAGAAAUCAUGUUCGAAUUAAUUAAUAUAAUUCGACAACCUUAUACUGGUAAGUCUGUAUGUACGAGGACUUUAAUUUAUUUCGUUCCCAUGAUCUAACUGUUGGUUUUUUUUAACUUUGUAGAUUCAGUACUUUUAUUCGACCGCAUAAAUGAACUCACUGGUUCAAUAGGACAAAGGGAAGCUGUGGUUUCGAUGUUGAUGUCAGAAGCGUUGAGGUUCAAGAGAUCAUGUUUGUAUUUUUUACUGAGUGAUUGGCGAACAUGGUUGUUGCAAAGUGAGAAUUCGAAGGAUCGUAAUAUUUUGCGAAAAUCAAAUCAAGUCACUGCUAAAAUAAACCAUAUUCAUCUUAAUGGAUGGUCCUGAUCAAAUUAAUUUGCUUAUAGGAUCUACUCAAUUUAUUCUGUAUAAAUCUCUUACAUAGUUACCACUUUCAGAUGUAAAUAACUGAGGGUUUCUCAUAGUUCCUGUACACGAUGUAUAAUUUUUGCACAUAUACUCUGAGAAAAGGCCCUAUUUUCAUAAUCUUAGCCUUUUGCUCGCUAGUUUGUACACUAUUUAAAUACAACAAAAUUACUAACAGUUCAUAAUUUUGAGGUUUAAUCUCUUGGUUUCAUCACUCAUGUUCUGUUCAACAUUAGUUUCAGGUUGGUUGGAGAAUAAAUGGUCCUUACAUUUGAUGGACAGAGAUAUGAUUGCGAGAAGUCGUCGAUAUACAUAUUUUCUCAAUGGUUCUCUACAAACCCAUUCAUUAGGAGUAUCGCAGAAGAUUUCAAAGGAAGACAUUUAAUGCACGUUGAGGAUUGCAUUUCUUCAGUUUAUGUCCAUCAAGGUGAGAUGGCAACUAUACCAUUAAUAGCUUCCAGUGUACCUGCAAACAGCAUCAUCCCAGAAUACAUAUGUUCUGAUGACGCAACUUCCUGUUAUAUUGUCAUAUUGCGUAGUCCAGUUGGCUGCUCGAUUGGACAUUUGGAUAAUCCAUUGCGUGUCAGGUCAUUUUUCAGAGAUUCUGAACGUUUCCUUUUUUCAAAAGGAAGUGUUAACGUUACAGUUCACAUGGUUGGGGGGUUUCCAGAUCCACAAAAUAUAUCACAUUCUAUAUUAGUUGAAAUACUGUCAUUAGUCGUGUGUAAUGAUCAUAACUACGAACUUGGGGUAUGUUGUUUUGGGGAAAAUAAUAUCCUUAGUUCUGGUGGCAACACGUCGCAACCUGCUGUUUUGGGUGUUAUCUUCGAUAUCAAAAAAGAUCAAGUAAACCCGGCUCGUAUAAGUUGGAAGGCUCGCGGACCUGUUCCUGUACUGAGACUUUUACGUCUAAACUGUUUAUACCCAGAUGGAAUAACAAACGUAUUCAACCCAGAAAAGUGCAUUCUAUUCAUAGACUCUUUCACGUACGUUCGUCCAGCUUUUAUAAAUACUCAAAUAACAUAUGAAGAAAUGCGAGCCCAUUCUACAACGCCUGAGCAAGAGCCUGCAACAUACUUUGAAGGCCAGAUUGCGGUACAUCGCCUAACGCUUCACUGCCCUAACUCACUAAGCUGGUUUAAAUCUGGUCCACUAACCUUCCGAUGUGUUCUGGAUCCAAACAAACCAUGGGUUCCCUUAAAUAAAGCUUCUGCAAUUGCAUCAGAAGACCCCUUAACAAACGUUUAAAUAUAACCCAACUAUAAUGUACCGGUGACUUCUUGUUUUUCGAAUGC